AUGCAUACAGAUAGCUCUUGUUCUACUCAGCUUAUUGAUGGAGAUGGUGUCUUUAAUGUUACUGGUGUUUAUACCUUUAUCAAAGAGGUUAAAUUGGAAGAAUGUGGUCUUUCGUAUGCCGUUGUUUCGAUCAUGGGUCCGCAAAGUAGUGGGAAGAGUACGCUGUUGAAUAAUUUGUUUGGAACAAAAUUUAGGGAAAUGGAUGCAUUUAAAGGAAGGUCUCAAACGACUAAGGGAAUUUGGGUUGCGAGAUGUGCUGGUAUUGAGCCAUGCACUAUUGUGAUGGAUUUAGAAGGUACUGAUGGAAGAGAGCGUGGAGAGGAUGAUACUGCGUUCGAGAAGCAGAGUGCUCUUUUUGCACUUGCUGUCUCAGAUAUAGUUCUUAUAAACAUGUGGUGUCAUGAUAUUGGUCGGGAACAAGCAGCAAACAAGCCUCUUUUAAAAACCGUAUUCCAGGCUAUGAUGCAGUUGUUUAGUCCGCGAAAGACAACUUUGAUGUUUGUCAUACGAGAUAAAACACGGACACCAUUGGAAAAUUUAGAACCUUUACUGAGGGAAGACAUUCUAAAGAUAUGGGAUUCAGUUCCUAAGCCUCAAGCACACAAAGAAACUCUCCUAAGUGAAUUUUUCAAUGUCGAAGUAGUCGCUCUUUCCAGCUAUGAAGAAAAGGAAGAGCAAUUCAAAGAGCAGGUUGCUAGUUUGAGACAACGGUUCUUCUACUCUGUUGCACCUGGCGGACUUGCUGGCGAUAGGCGAGGAGUAGUCCCUGCAAAUGCGUUUGCUUUUAGUGCAGGACAAAUGUGGCAAGUCAUCAAAGACAAUAAAGACUUGGAUCUUCCAGCACACAAGGUAAUGGUUGCAACAGUACGUUGUGAGGAAAUUGCCAAUGAGAAGUUUUCUCAUUUCAUGGAAAAUGAGGACUGGUGUCAGUUGGAAGAAGCUUCACAGUCAGCUCCCGUUACCGGAUUUGGAAAGAAGCUGAGUUUAAUUCUCCAAUCUUGCUUAUCAGAGUAUGACACUGAAGCCACAUAUUUUGACGAAGGUGUGAGAUCUUCCAAGAGACAACAGCUGCAAGAAAAGUUACUGCAGCUUGUUCAACCAGCUUUCCAAGACGUGCUUGGACAUUUGAGAUCUGGAACACUUGAAAACUUCAAGGAGGCUUUUGAAAAGGCUCUGAAUGCAGGAGAAGGGUUUUCAUCAUCUGCACACUCAUGUGCUCAGUCUUGCAUUUCUCGGUUUGACAAAGGAUGUGAAGAGGCUGUAAUUGAACAAGCAAACUGGGAUACAUCUAAAACUCGGGAAAAGCUUCAGCGUGAUAUUGAUGACCAUAUUGAUUCUGUCCGUGCUGCAAAGUUGUCUGAACUGACUACGCUUUAUGAGUCAAAGCUAAACGAAGCAUUAGCUGGACCGGUGGAAGCUCUCUUAGAUGGAGCUAAUGAUGAGACGUGGCCGACAAUAAGAAAGCUACUAAAACGGGAAGCAGAAUUGGCCGUCUUUGGUUUCUCCAAUGCAUUAUCUGGUUUUGAAAUGGAUGAAGAAACACGCAACAAAAUGCUCUCUGACAUCGAGAUCUACGCACAGGGUGUUGUUGAAGGGAAAGCAAAGGAAGAAGCUGGACGGGUAUUGAUGCGUAUGAAGGAUAGGUUUGCAACAAUCUUCAGUCACGAUUCUGAUUCAAUGCCACGUGUCUGGACCGGAAAGGAAGACAUCAGAGCAAUUACAAAGAUGGCUCGCUCUGCAUCCUUGAAACUGCUAUCGGUUAUGGCUAUAAUCCGCUUAGAAAAUGAACUCGACAAUGUUGAAAAGAUAUUGUCAGUUGCUCUGGUUGAUUCUACAAACAACACUGCUUCAAGCAAGAGUAUCACCACUGUCGAUUCCCUCGCCUCAAGCACUUGGGAGCAGGUCGCACCAACAAAGACAGUAAUUACACCUGUUCAAUGUAAAUCACUGUGGAGGCAAUUCAAGAAUGAGACACAAUAUACCGUUACACAGGCCAUUUCUGCACAGGAAGCUAACCGAAGAAAUAAUAACUGGAUGCCACCUCCAUGGGCAAUGGUUGCCUUAGUCGUUCUUGGAUUCAAUGAAUUCAUGACUCUUUUAAGAAAUCCUCUAUAUAUUGGCUUCUUUUUUGUUGUCUACCUCGUCGCCAAAGCCAUGUGGGUACAACUAGACAUCUCAGCAGAAUUUCGUAAUGGCGCGUUACCUGGGCUUAUCUCAUUAUCAACCAAGCUUCUUCCCACCGGCAUGAAUCUGCUAAGAAAACUCGCGGAACAAGGACAAGCUCCAUCUGCAGAUAGUAACCCUCAAGCCCGAGUAAGCAGCAGUGUUGGUUCAUCUUCUUUUUCAAGCUUAUCUUCAACAGAAACCAUUUCCAACAACACGAAAGAUGACUAG